AUGUCAAAGGGGACAUCCAUUUUGGAGGCAGCUGCCAAGGAUCUUCGUCACGCCAGACGUGUGUUAGCCAUCACUGGUGCGGGCAUUUCGGCAGAUUCCGGACUACCAACCUACCGUGGCAUCGGUGGUCUAUAUAGUGAUGGUCAAGAAACCGAAGAGGGACUGACAAUCGAGGAGGCUUUGUCCGGCUACACGAUGCGCACAGAGCCGGAUAUUUGCUGGAAGUACAUUUGCCAAAUCGAGUCUACUUGCCGUGCUGCCAAACACAAUGCUGCGCACGAAGCACUUGCGGCUUUCGAAUCAAAGUUUGAACAAUUCACUGUGCUCACACAAAACAUCGACGGUUUACACCGCAGUGCUGGCACAAAAGACCUCAUUGAAAUUCAUGGCAACAUUCAUGAACUGUUUUGUACCGCUUGUAACCAUGAAAAACACGUUGUCAACUUCGCCGACUUGAAAAUUCCACCGGAUUGCGAGCGAUGCGGUGCGCUCGUACGUCCACGCGUUGUCUUAUUUGGUGAGAUGUUGCCGGCACCUGCGUUAACGCGACUUUCUGAGAUAAUGGAUAAAGGUGUGGACGCCGUUAUCACAAUUGGCACUACCAGUGUGUUUCCAUACAUCGCUGGACCUGUGUUACGCGCUUCAGAAACCAAUGCGAUUACUAUUGAAGUCAACCCGAGCGAUACCACAGUAUCACAUGCUGUACACUAUCGCCUGCGAGAGCGGGCUAUCGUCGCUUUGCCCGAGCUGUUGAAAUACCUUUUGUAG